UCAGAAAUUAUCCGUUUAGCAACAGUUAGCACGUGUACGCUAGUGCACAUGUAAUGUUUUAUAUGUGGGUUUAUACAUGUGUUAAUUGAAAAGGAAUUAAAAAUAUAAGUUUAUACAUAACAAAAUUAAAAUGAUGAGUUCUCAUUUAAAGUUAAACAAGAAAAAACAUGAUGAAUACAAUGUUGACUAUGAAGAAGAAGAAGAUCCAGAUAAUAAAGAAGAAAAAGAAGAAGACUUAGACUAUGGAGAAGAAGAAAAUCUAGACAAUGAAGAAGAAAGAGAAGAUUUAGACUAUGAAGAAGAUCUAGAUAAUUAUGAGAUUGAAUCAUUUGCAUUAAAUCAGAAGAAGAGAAAGAAAGUUACAAAUGAGAUAAGUGAUGUGGCUCCUAAGAAGAAGAAGUUUGAAAACCAUCUUUAUAAACAACCAACAGUUGAGGAACUUCAACAGCAUAAGGAGACAGAAGAUUCAUAUCAUUCAAAUCUAUUCAAACUUCAAAUUGAAGAAAUUCUUAGUACAGUGAAGCUUGAAGAUAAAUAUAAAAUACUUUUUGAUACUUGGUUUGAAAAAUUAAAAAAAACCAUUAAAUCCAUUGAUGAAACUGAAGAAAUACCACUUGUGGAUAAUAAUUUGGAAGAUAAGUUAGGCAUUCAUAUUCCUGUACCACAUGUACCAGAAGAAACCAAGAGUGUUUUUAAAUUUUUGACACCAUCACACAUUGAUGUUAUUGGAUCUUACAACUCGGGGUGUACGCUCGGUCCUAAUGUCAUUGUUGAUGUAAUGGUGGAAAUGCCAGCUGCUUCAUUUGGAAAACAGGAUUUCCAAAACUAUAUAUAUUUUAGAAAAAAAGCAAUGUAUUUGGCGUUUAUAACAUCGAAUAUAGGAAGUGAUAUUGCAGAGAGUAAGAAGUUUAUCGGCGACGAUCUAAGAUCUUAUUUGAAGCUCCGACCUAAUGGAAAAUUGAACAAAAAGAUUGAUAUAAUAAUACACAUAUCUGCACAGGAGACCAGUUUUCACUUGGAUAGGUUUUUACCAGAGAAAAAUAGUGUCAGGCCAAAAUGGUAUUUUGAUAAAUCUUCAAGUGAUGAAACUCUACCAUCAACUCCGUAUUAUAACUCUUUAAUACUGCACGACCUAGUAAUGAGGAACACAAAUGACAAUGUUGCACAAAUAAUAAGACAACAUGAAAAUUUAAGGGAUGCUAUAAUUUUACUGAAAAUAUGGCUGAAACAACGUGAAUUAAGCAACAACUGUGACGGUUUCACUGGUCACAUUAUGACUAUGUUUGUGAUCUAUUUACUGCGUACGAAGAAACUUGAUCAAUCUAUGACCAGUUGCCAAAUAGUACGGAUUACUUGGUCCUGUUUAGUGCGCCGUAAUUGGUGUGAAGAGGGUAUCACUAUGUGUAAGGACAAAAAGAACCAAGAACAAAUUUCCCAUUAUCAUAGCUACUAUGAUUGUGUUUUCCUUGAUAUCACAGGAUAUCAUAAUUAUACAGUACAAUUAUCUAAAUGCACUUUCUCAUGGGUGCAGAGAGAAGCAGAACUUUCUCUAAAGCAUUUGAAUAAUAAACAUAUGGACAUCUUCCAAGCUCUCUUUAUGCAAAAUGUGCCAUUUUAUAGAGCAUUUGAUCAAGUUUUAUGUUUCCAGGAUAGCACAAUUUUGGAAAAAUUAGUGAACAAUAAAUCCAGUAUGAAUGAUAAAAUCAAUUAUGGACCAAAUAAGCGAAGUCAAAUGAUCAAAUUGCUCGUUGAAAUUUUACAAAAAGGUCUAGGAAACAGGAUUAACCGAUUAUGUGUAUUGCCUAAUCCAUUUAAGGAAUGGGAAUGUACUGAGGACAUACCCAGUGAUGCUGGAAAACUCAUAAUUGGAUUUGAAUUCAAUCCUGAUACUGCCUUUAACAUUCUAGAUAAAGGGCCCGAAGGCAAUCUAGCUGAAGCAAUUAAUUUCAAAAAAUUCUGGAGAGGUAAAUCGGAAUUGCGAAGGUUUCAAGACGCAUCGAUUCGUGAGGCUGUAAUUUGGUCAAAAGGUAAAACUCUUUCGGAUAAGAGAGCAAUAUGCAAGAAAAUAAUAAUAUAUUUACUAAAGACAAAAUUGAAAAUUUCCAAAAAUCAGUAUUUGUUCUUUGUGGAUCAACUGGAUGAUUUCCUGAAGUUGCAUAAGUACAAAAUAACGCAUUUCGCAUAUGGCACUGGUGAAGAAGCUACAUUAAAAGUUCUGAAAGCUUUCAACAACUUGGAACAGAGUUUAAUGUCUUUGAGUGACAUGCCAUUGACAAUAAACGGCGUGCAAGGAUCGAGUCCAGUUUUCCGAUACACAGAGGUCUUUCCACCGCUUGCUACCAUUCAUCGAAGUAGCAAUGGUGUCACCGAGGAGGACAAGAAUUGCUUCGUACUUGCGAAAAAUAUUAAAAGAUGCCCUGCGUAUGUUCACGCGAACGAAGUGGUGUUACAAUUAUCGGUCAGUGGAAAAUGGCCCAUAGAGUUGGAAGCCAUUAGAAGAACGAAAGCAGCCUUUCAUCUACAGAUUGCUGAAUGUCUCAGAAAACAGCAUCAACUGAAAGUACAAGCUAAUCCCUCUUAUGUGGAUGUAAUGCAGGAUGGGUUCAUUUUCCGGUUAAGAGUGGCAAUUCAAAAGGAAAUUGCUUUAGUAAAACAGAUCAAAGCAGAUGGAGUUAUCAAAUAUAGGGACAAUGAAGAAUCUAUUGAACUGGAAAACAAACUGUUUCAUUUGCCGCAACUAAGUAGCGCCUUGCAUGGGUUGUAUUCUCAACAGCCAUCAUUUGGUCCCGCUUGUUGUUUAGCAAAACGAUGGCUAUCGGCGAAUCUAAUGGAUGAUGCCCAUAUACCAAACACGGUAGUUGAAUUGCUUAUAGCAUCCAUAUAUUUGACCCCAGCACCGUAUAAACCGUCUCAAACACCGCAAGUAGCAUUUUUACGUUUUCUGGAAUUCAUUGCAAAAGCACCGUGGGACACUGACCCGAUCAUCGUUAAUUUUAAUGACGAAAUGACUAACGAGGAAAUUUACGCUGUUGAGACUUUAUUUAUUACCGCUCGCAGUUCUCUACCACCAUUAUUUAUAUCGACUCCUUAUCAUCAACAGAAGUCCUUGUGGACCAAAAAAGCGCCUUCACAGUUGAUUUUACGACGUAUAAAUGUACUCGCGAAGGAAUCGUUGAAAAUAUUCGACGAUCUGUUUCUCAAAGAUAUGGUACUAGAUGCGAAACGAAUGUUCCGUCCUUCAUUGUUAGAAUACGACUGCCUGAUAUAUCUAAAGUCGACUAUGAAUCCACGAAGACUUCAGGCAAUCGAUAUACCAGACGAUGUGGAUGUUGUGGAUCUACAUCCGUAUAAGUCGCAUUCGCUUCAAAAAAUUCCAAUUGUGGACUUUGAUCCCGUACAAUGUUUCCUGAGAGAUUUAAGGGACGGCUACGGCGAAUACGCAUUAUUCUUCCACGACACUUACGGCGGUUCUAUAAUAGGAGUGUUACUGAAACCUUCUGCUCUAGAACGUAAACAAUUUAAAGUAUCAGAAGUCAAUUGUCGAAAACUGGAUGACGAUGAUAAUCUCGUUUUAAAUAUAUCGGCAAUGAUCGAAGAUUUUUAUACUCUGGGCAAGGGUAUCGUAUGUUCUAUUGACAUACCGAGGAACAGAGUUUCCUCAACGUCACAAUGAACAUGGUAGAUUGAGCAGAAAUUAAUCUAAAAUUAAUUUUAUAUUAAUUU